AUGUUGGUCUCGCGACUGAGAGCGAUGCAGAGCAUUUGGCUCGCCAUCGUGGUGGCGACGAGAAAUGCAGCCGAUGCAAGGGAGAUUGCGAAGAGUCGCAAUCUUGCUUCAGAGAAAGUCAAGGCACUCGGGCACCCUGGCCUGUCCGACACCUUUUGGACAUUUGCAAAGACUGUCCAGCUGCUCAAGGUCGAAAAAGUCCAGGAUGGUGAGGAACAGAACUUGAGGUACAACAACACCUUGUACAACAAGGCCGUACACCAGGCUGCCACAGCAGCUGUUGCAGUGCUGCGGGGUCCAUCCGGUCCCGUGGAGAAGGCUGCCCGGAGAUUGGAGCUGGAAUUUGGGCGGGGCAUCUUGAGCAGUCAGUACUCGAAGUUGAGCAAGCUGUUAUCGCUGACCAACAAGCUCGCAUCUGCUACCAGAAACGCUGUAGACCUGACGGCCUGGAUGAUCGACUCCUUGACGCUGGCCCUGCGCAUGAACAUGGUCACGCCAGCUAAAUGCACCGAGAAGUUUCUGGAUCGAGACCGGAAGACAGGCGAUGCUGGCUUUUGGUUGUCGCGCAUGCUGGUGGUCUUCGAUUAUGCAGCAAAGCUGGCGAACAAGUUGCCUGAGCCGGACAAGGUUAAGCUGACAGGGAUUUUGGCUGAACUCCGUUGCCCUUCCACAUGUUGGGAGAAAUAUCUCUGCCAUGCUGAUGCUGAUCAAGGGGCUGCUGGAGAGGACGACAUGGACGGCGAGGACCCAGAGGACGUGGAGCGCCCUGUUCCGCAGUCCAAGAUUGGAGCUGUUAAAGAGGGUUUCAACAAAGCCAUUGGCAUGCUUUUGGAUUUGCUGCUGGAGCUGAUGUCGGGGAAGUACUACAAGGAUUGCUGCAUGCUGGCUUCGAGUGAAGAUGGCCUUGCAAAGGCAUUGACAGCUGCACAGCUUGGAAGCUCGGAUGACACGGAGCACGAGGAGCCAUGUGCGCUUAUCACUCAGAUGAAGAUCAUUGUCGACAAGUUCGACAACAGCACGAAGUCCGUUGGUGCCACAUCUGCGGCUCCUGCUCCGAGUUUGCUCCAAAGCCUGGCCAAGGCUUCUGAAGCUGACACACCCGAGGAAUGUGUCGAGCGUGAGCGGCAGUGGAAGGCGGUGCAAACGGAACGCCGCAAGUUCGUGUCGUUCUCGGUACCGAACAAGAUCUCGAAGGACUGCCUAGUCAAUGCGUUCAGAGGUUGCGGCAAGGUCUUCACGCACAAGGGCACCUUAAACUCUUCGCACCGCCUGAUCGUUGCCAGUGCGGAUCUCUUGGCAGAGGCUGGUACCGACCCGUGGCUCAAGGGCACUCCGCAAAGCGAGGAAUGGAAAGAGAUCUGUGCCUUUGCCAAAGACAUUUCUGGGCCCGAGGAUUUCGUUGUACUCUUCGACGGCAGAAUGCGGGAAAUUCGCCGCGUGUCCGAGCUCAAAGGCUGCACCUGGUUCUUUAAGGAAGACCUCCUGCUGAACCAGCAGCACACCGAGGAGUGCACCAUCGUGUACUCAGGUGGGUGCCCGCCGAGAACUGGUCGCACUCGCCGCGUUCCGCUGGCUGCAAAGAAGGUGGAGACAGGAGCGGUUAAGUUCCCGGUCGCACGCACCAAGAUUCAGACGACGAAGAAAGGCUCCUUCACAGUCUGCGGCGAGGCUUCUACGUACCAAGGCACUUACUCAGGCGUGGAGUACCGUGCGGUUUCUGAAAUGCCCCUCGUGUCUGCAGACACCAAGAAGAAGAUCAUUGCUCCGGCAACAACCGGCGACCUCCCGACACCGCCAGAGGACUGGCAGGAUCGCCACGGCUCCGACGUACCCUUGUUCUGGAACGAGUCGAAGCCGAUAGCAUAUUGGAAUGCCAUCAUUGAGGAGUUUUGCGCGGAGGCAGUGUUUGACCUCACGGCUGGCACCGGUGCUCUGAUGGAGGCGGUUGCUGAUCGCGCAGCUUGCGGAAUGAUGGCUUUGGAGGGAUCCACUCUUUACUCGGACGAGAAUGCCAAGGCGGUGAAGAAGCAUUUCCCGCACGUUCUGGAGAGCUUGUCCAACCAAGACGACCAGGACGAGGCACCUGCUGAGCCAGAUAGUUCCCUGCUUGGGUUCGACAUGGGCUGCCGAUGGAGGCCUACCAGACGCCUCUGGGGCAAAACCAGUCUCAAGACGGCUUCUCGUCGGAUGCCCCGGGGGUGCCAGCAUGGUGGCAGCAAAUCGCAGAGCUUGCGGAAGCAGGCUGUGAAAGACGGCUUGGUCCCCAAGGCUCGAAGGGCCUUCGUCAUCUGGCUCCAGGAAAACUCCGAAGUCAAGAAAGGCGCUCCCAAGCACGAGUUUCUCAAUGAGAUGAAGCAUCUUGGCGCAGUCUGGCAGGGCAUGACCGACAAGCAGAAGGCACCAUUCAUGGCGAGGAGCAAAGAUGAGUUCAUGGCUCAGCGAAGUGCACUGGCCGUUCUUGGCAUCAGGAUGCGGGGCUCCACGACCAGUGCGGGCGGCCCCGACGAGGCGAAGGACCCCCCUGCCGCUGACGAAUCUGGCGGUCGCGUUGGCCCAUUUGAGCUUAAUGGUGCAAGGGCUCCAAUUGGAGGCGGAGCCUAUGGCAGUGUCUACAGUUGCCAGCAUCCGCAAAGCGGCCUUAACGUGGCGGUGAAGGUUUAUCGUGGCUCCGAUGGCCCCGCGGAUUGCAGGCACGAAGUGGAGCAGAUGAAGCUUCUAAUGAAGGCCGUUCCGCAGCAGAAGAUGAUGUGGUUCCCGCUUCUUGUCAGCUCGGGUGUCACGGGCAGACCUUGGCCAUGGAUGGCUACUAGCCUAUGUGGGCCCAGCCUGGCAACCGCACUUCGAAAUCCUGCGGCGCAUGGCAAGCCGAGGACGUGGUCUGUGGCAGCUCAGCUGAGAAGUGCACUGCAGACCUUGCAUGACGCAGGCAUCCUACACUUGGAUGUGAAACCUGGCAAUGUUCUUUGGUGCCCUUGCACAGAUCAGGUGCAGGUGUGCGACUUCGGCAUGAGUGAGAACAUGGCACGGCUCCAGAAGGCUUCUCAGGCUCCCAGGUUCCUGCAGUAUGUCACGGCUGCCUAUCGACCUCCGGAGCUGUGGCCCGCUCGUGUGAAUGGCGAUGGAGACUGCGGUGUCAGAAAGCAGCUGCUGACUGCAGCUGUGGAUAUGUGGGCCUAUGCUUGCGUGGUGUUUGAGGUGGAGACCGGGAAUCCCUUCAUGCCCAAGGGGGAGGCCGGACUGAGAGCGUGGUGCAAGCAGUGGCCCGAGCUGUGGAAAACACGCAGCGACUUAGCCAAUUGCCCCGCUGCAAGUCACACGUGCUGCACAAAGGUGCUUCGAGCCGGUAAAUGGGGGCUGUUUGUGUUGGUCGGCUGUGCUCCAGACCCCGGAAAGCGGCGGUGGCCGGAGCUCUGUCUGAAUCAGAAAUGA